AUGUUCAGAGGAGACAUAAAGCUUGAAAAUGGCGUGAUUACCUUAAUUGCCUUUUUUUUCUUCCUGUGUCUGAUACUGAUUGUGGAGAAUGGCUAUAUCCUUGUAGUGCUGGGCAGGGAAUGGGCACAGUGUGGGACACUGACUCCAGUUAAUAAGAUCUUGACCUGCUUGAGUGCCUCUCGCUUCCUCUUGCAGUGGGGGGUAUGUGGAAAAAACCUGUAUGUAUUGCUCUAUCCGAUGGUCUUCCCAUACAACCCUGUACAUCAGUACUUAUCCUUCCAUUGGGAUUUCUUGAACUCUGUCUCUCUAUGGUCCUCUGCUUUGCUCGGUGUCUUCUACUGUGUGAAAAUCACCACCUUCACUGACCCUGUUGUCCUCUGGCUGAAAUGGAGGAUCUCUAGGUUUGUGACCUGGCUACUAUUUGGCUCCUUUGGCAUCAGCUUGUUUACUGCCUUCCUGUUCUUCAUAGGUAACUAUUAUAUCUAUUAUAUCUACUCAGUGAGGAGUCUUCUAUCUGAGAAUUCUACUAUGGAAAAUUUGAGAAGACAAUUGGAAACAUAUUACUUUUUCCCUCUGAAAGUAAUUUCUUCAUCAAUUCCAGCAGCUAUCUUCUUCAUCUCUAUGGUUUUCCUUAUCACUUCCCUGGAAAGGCACAAAAAGAAGAUGCUACAUAGUGAUUCUGGCCUCUGGGACUUCAGGUUCCAGGCUCACACCAAGGCUCUUAAGACCCUCAUCUCCUUCUUCAUUCUCUUUGCCUCCUAUUUUUUUGCAAUAAUGGUAAAUGCUUCAAACAUCUUGCCCUCUUUGAAGUCAUGGUACUGGGGAUGGCAGGCUUUGAUUUACCUUUGCAUAGCAAUCCACUCCAUGCUUCUGAUCCUGAAUAACCCUAGGUUACUAUGUUGGAGAAGAGCUGCUUGA